AUGGACUUUCUUCCGCAUCCCGUCGCCGGGGUCGAGCCGCUGGACAUCCCCUUUGUCGCCGACACCCCCUUUGUGUUUGGCACCGACUUUUGGGACUUCCCAAAGCUCCACGGCUUCGGCGACCAGUGGGCCAGCCUCCCGGCCCCGAGGCUGGCGUCGCUGGCGCAGUCAUGGCUGUACUUUGGCACCAUCGCCGAGUUUCUGGGCCGGCCGAUUGAUUACAGGGAGUACAAAGUGUCGAGAAGCGUAUCUGCCCGGCCGUUGAUACCUUUGCUGAACGAGUGGCUCACCUCGCACGCCAUACCCCCAAGGGACACGACCAAACAACCACCACCACCAUCAUCACUAGGGGAAGAAGGAACACAUGACCCGCCCAUCUCCCGCGAGGCAAGGAAACGCCUCAUCUACGAGCACGCCAGGUUUUUGGACGCGGUGGUUGAUCUGGCGGAGGACUUUGACCGCGUCUCGCAGAGCCAUGUCAAGCCCAUUCCGACUAUUGUUCUAUCUAUCAAAGUCCUUUGUACCACGCUCCGGAGUGUACUGUGGGAUUUGGUCCAGGUCGACGCGGACGACAUGCCCUUGCCCUGGCCGAAGCACGAAAAAGUUGCCACGCUGGAUAGUAAAGGCGACCCUGACAUUUCACCGAGCGCGCAGCUCAUGUUGGAUGUGUUACGGCUGAGGGGGUGGUGCCCGUUCUAUGCACGAAAGGUGCUCACGAGUUACAAUUAUGCGAUUGCGUAUUACUUCACGAGGUUGUUUCGGCUGUUUUCUACAGAGACGAGCCAUGAGGGGUGCGAUUUUGAGGAGUGCGUGGCUAGUAAUGCGGACGUCUUCAGCUACGUGCCCAGGCAUAUACGGUAUGGGUGUCAGUAUCAGCCGAUGGGGGUGGGGAUGGAUCAGAUAAGGGGGAUUAUUGAGGAUGGGGGGGUGCCGCUUGUUAGGCUGAGGGGGUCGCUGCAGCGGGGGAUACGACUGGAGGUGGUGAGGAUGACGGCCAGGACGAGGUUUGUGAUUAUCAGUCAUGUCUGGGCGGAUGGGAUCGGGAACGCGAAUGCGAAUGCUAUGCCCGAGUGUCAGUUGAGGAGGGUGUUUGGGUAUUUGAGCAGGCUGAAAGCGCUGAGGGAGGGGGAGGAUGCGGGGGCCGAGUUUAACCUGUUGGGUUCGGUUGAUACGGGGUUUCAGACGGCGGCGAGGAGGAGGCCGAGGUACUUUUGGAUUGAUGCGUUGUGUAUGCCGCCGGUGAGCAUGGGGUUGCUGAGGAUGAGGGCGAUCAACAAGUUGCCGGCGGUGUACCAGGCGGCGGAUAGGGUGUUGGUGUUGGACCCCAACUUGGAGAAGAUAUCGAUUGAGAACUCGGAUACGCUGGAGCAGUGCGCGAGGUUUUCGGUGAGCCCGUGGAUUGGGAGGAGUUGGACGUUUCAGGAGGCGGCGCUGGGGAAUGCGGUUGAGGUUCAGUGUGCUGAUGGGACGUUUAAUGCUCUUUCGCCGAAGCUCAAGCAACCGAGGGCUGUUCCUCCACCCCAGGGGCCACAGCAGUCGAGGCUUUCUGAGCUUGUGGGGAUACCGGUAAGCUGGGUCAAGAGGAGAAUACCCGGCAAGACCAACCAUGAGCCAUUACAACUGAUGAACAGUGGUUCAACAGCAGGCAUGGGAAGGGAUAUCAGCUUGGCCAUGGUGGCUAGUUUGACCCGGUGCCUGAACCACGAGUUCCGGUCAUCAUUUGCGAACGGUGUCAAGCCGGUCAAGGCCGCGCAUGGGAGAGAGACGCUGGCUCCUGACUUUUGCACAUUGUUUGUACAGGUGUGGAACGAACUGAGCGAGAGGGCAACUACGGUUCCAGGCGACAAGCAUCUUAUAAUCGCGAACCUGCUUGGCUUCAACACGGAGCCACUCAUGAGGCUGAACAAGUCAGCCGACCGGAUGGCAUGUAUAUUGAGGAGCAUGGAUGGCGUGCCCAUGUCGUUAUUCUUCAACAUGAACGGACCAAGGCAGAGGCCAUCAAAGAACCACAGAGAUCGUUGGUUGCCAUUAUACCCAGCAAAACAGAAACUCACCUUUGGGUCAACAUUUACCAAUCUGCGCAACGUCAAAAACGACUUAUACCUCCCUAAUAACACUGUCAGUCGAACCAAGGUGGCAGUACUGGUAUGCACUGGCCCACCCGACCCCUUUUCGAGCUGCGCCUUCACCGUCCACGACACCACAACAGGCGAUCAAUAUUCCGUCGAAAUUCACCGAGAAGAAGGCGAAACAGACGCCUUUGCAGCCCCUGAUAUUGGCCCCUAUUGCAUAGCUAUCCAGCUCGACAACCCCCUCAUCACAAAACAAAACAACGACAUGCCCGGCCUUGCCGCCAGCCCAGCACAACCCUACCCCGGCGCUUUGUUUCGAGUCCGUCGUGUGGUCACCAACGUCAAAAAGCUCUACUACCACGCCCUCGAAGCUACGUACGAAAAGUCGUUUGAGCUCGUAGAAGAAGACACGUACGACCACUCCAAACCCCCCGAUCUCUCGUCGGACGACAACAUAUCCACCGCUUUCCAGCGUCACCCCCGCGGCCUCCUGAGGACAGUCUACGACUGCCCUCUAACCGUCACCCGCCUCCCCCCUCCUUCGACCCCCAUCAGCCCGUCCUUCCGCCGAGAGGAAAAACAAGCACCCCCUCCCACCCUUGCCUCAGUCCCCCUCCCGGAAACAUGGCAGCUGAUCAUCGAACGGGAACCACCCACCUACCCCCACCCCCUCCCCACCCGGCCCUCCCUCUCCGACGCCCUCACCCCGGUGACGGCGCAUUUGUCAGUCACAGCCCUCGACGGCCUCGUCGCCUCGGGGUGUGUAGGUUUUGGCAUCGCAAUCUGCGCAACAAUGUUUUCUUUUCUUGCGCCCCUGGCCAAGAUGGCGAUUAUCGCUAAGCUGAUCCUUCACUCGCUGUUUCUGAUACAAAUGUUUGUGUUUGCCGGGGUGGAGGUGAGGCUGGUGUGGAAUGUGCUGCAUAUCACUCUGGUGGUGCUGUACACCUUCUCCCGGGCUGCGCAAGGGGGGGCGCAAGUGCUAGACUGGGCGUUUAUUGCCUGGGCGUUUGUGGGGCACGCGGUGGAUUUUGGGGCUAGGGUUGUGAUCCAUAGUGUUGUUGUGCCCGAGCUGUUUGAGCAAUACCUGGCUUCGUUUGAUGAGGGGUAUGACGAUGGGAGUGGGAGGAGGAAAUAUAGGGAAAGGGGGGUGGGGAGGUGGUGGAGGAGGGUGAAGGGGAGGUAUGGGAGGAAGAAGCCAAAGGUUUGGAUGCCUCGGGAUGCCACCGUUGCUGCUGAGGAGGAGGUUACCGGCGGAGGAGGAGGAGGAGAAGAAGUGAGGAGUUCAGAUCAGUACGACUUGCUCUCUGGGGGGACGCAUCAGAGGGAUGGGGAUAGGAACGAUAAUCAUCAUACUACUACUACUGUGGAGGAGGAUGUGGAUCUGGACUUUUUUGAGCAUGAGCAUAGGCAUCAUGUCGUCUCGGGGGCGUUUUCCAUGGCGGAUGGGUAUGGGGAUUAUGCGAGGCCGCCGGAGGUGCACAUGCUGGGGGUUAUGGAUGGGAGUAAGAGGCAUCAGGGGAGGGGGUAUAGCACGCUUCCUAUUUAG